AUGGGAGAAACGAAAGAAAUUGAAAGAUCAGUACAAAUGCGUUUAUAUGCAUUGCAUAAACGUCAAUUCGUAGCUGUUUUUGUUCUCUUUUUUAUCUGUUUAUUUAUUACUAUUUUAAUUGGUAUUGCUGGUCCUUCUAUAAUUCAAUCGAGUGACUAUAAACCAGAAGAUCAACAAAAACAAAUAUCUGGUCCUUAUAAACUUGAAUCGGGCAAACUUGAUAAAUCCUAUCAACGUCUUUGGUUAACUAUGAAAACAACAACUGAUAUCAGUGAUGAUUUUCAUCAAUCAGUCAUCGUCAAUAUUUCUAUGAGUAACCCGCCUCCAUCAACAAAUUCACAAACCUACGAACGUCAACGAACCAUCCAUUGUCAAAAACAAUAA